GGCGCACACGCCCUCCCUGCUCUGUGACAUGUCUCUGCUUCCUGUUUCUCCCCCAUCAGGGCAGUCUCAGUCUCAGCUUCAAAAGAACAAACAGGCACUCAAAGCAAAGGAAGACGGUCCUCCACUGCAGAGGAAGCAGGAAGCUGCCGGCCUGCUCCGAGCCCAGCUGCCGGAGCCUGGGGUCAGCAGGAUGGAGUCGGUGGCCCUGUACAGCUUCCAGGCCACAGAGAGCGAUGAGCUCGCCUUCAACAAGGGGGACACACUCAAGAUCCUGAACAUGGAAGAUGACCAGAACUGGUAUAAGGCCGAACUCCGGGGUGCUGAGGGGUUUAUCCCCAAGAACUACAUCCGCGUCAAGCCCCACCCGUGGUACUCGGGCAGGAUUUCCCGGCAGCUGGCCGAAGAGAUUCUGAUGAAGCGGAACCACCUGGGAGCCUUCCUGAUCCGGGAGAGCGAGAGCUCCCCGGGGGAGUUCUCCAUCUCCGUGAACUACGGGGACCAGGUGCAGCACUUCAAGGUGCUGCGCGAGGCGUCGGGCAAGUACUUCCUGUGGGAGGAGAAGUUCAACUCCCUCAACGAGCUGGGGAUUCUUACCGCUGACCUAUCCAUUCUAUCUGGACCGCCCCGGGCCUGCUUCGCUCAGGCUCAGUUUGACUUCUUGGCCCAGGACCCGUCACAGCUCAGCUUCCGCCGUGGGGACAUCAUUGAGGUGCUGGAGCGACGAGACCCCCACUGGUGGCGGGGCCGAUCCUGCGGGCGCGUGGGCUUCUUCCCGCGGAGCUACGUGCAGACUGUGCACAUGUGACCUGUGAGCAGGCAGAGCUGAUGGCCCAUCCGGCCAACGGGCCAUUCCACGGGAACUGCAGUCCAGAGAGAGGACGUGGACACCCCACCCUGUGUCACACAGGGCUCAGCAGAAGGCCCUGGAAUGAACGUGGGCUCCCAACUGCCUCCAGCCACUUUGCACAGACCGGGAUGGGCCCCAGCGCCCCAAAACUGCAGCUGUGUUUAGCAAUGGCAGGGUGAGGGUAGCUCCCAGGGCUUCCCACCUGGCCACUUCCCAUUGGCCGCCAGUGGUGUGAUGUCACGGGGCGGGGUCUGCAAAGGGCCAACCCGCCUCCUCCUGUCAACGGCCCCUCCUCCUCUGGGAGGGUUGAGGACUCCAGGUUGCACCCACUGGGGGCUCAGCCCAAGGAACCCACGGGCUGUUAGGGAAGGGGCCCUGCCCCUAGGGACAGGCUGCAUACUGUUGACUUGGAUCCUUGGACAGAGUCCAGGUGGACACCAACUCUUCUGCAGCUCCAUGACUUUGGGGUCCACCUGGGGCAUCAGCGUCUCCACGCCCGCCACAGACACUUUGGAGAGGGGCUAGACGGGUGCCCUGAGCCCUGAGGAAGGGGUGGACAGCGGGUGCGAUGGGGGCAGCGCUCCUCUCCUGUUGGUGCUCCAAGAGGCAAGCCCCGGCCCAGCCCCGCGGGAGACCGAGGCUGCACCGGGGCUCAGGCCCAGGUUGCCCAGACCGGGCCCAGGGGAGCUGGGGCGGCCAGCAAGCCUACCGGGAGUUGGAGCCAGAGCAGGGACUUAGAGACCUGCAGGACCCAGAUGUAGCGGGCAGCCUAGGCAGGGCCCAGCCCUACCUGAGAAAAGGAGGGAUAUCAAGGCGGGAGACGCGCCCAGCGUGGGGCACCGCCUGCCCAGAGCCUGGGCAACUGCAGGAGCAGGACAAGCCAGGGGGGCUUGGAAAGGCUUUGUACACCAGGCUGAUGGUGGAGGGGAGGUGGCGGGCAGGCACGGAGAGGAGGCG